AUAGUCUAUGUUAGCGUAUAAUUUAGUACAUUUUUUUGUAAACGUUUUAUAUAAAUAUUCAAUGUUUUGAUAAUUUCAAAUAGCUUGUUUUAGUACAUCGCGCUUAACAAAUUUCCAAGUAAACAUGGUCAGCGUGAAGCCCUCGGUGAAGUUUUCCCCAGAGCCUGACAUCCAAGAGUUCAGUCUGACCCAGGUCGAGUCGUUCGAUCAACCGCUGCAGGUGUUCCCCAAGCAUCAGGACGCCGAGUGCCAGAUUCUGCUGUCGCCGUCAGAGGAUGAGAUAAGGAUACAGCUCAGCACCAAACGGUCCAAGCGGAAACUACAGAACAAAUCAUCGCAGGUAAUGCGCGAUCGUCUGCAGAGUAUAUCAACAGCACCCUUAGAUAUCACUAGAGAUGAUCCCAACUUUAUGGCCGGCGUUGUCGUCUUUCUUGAGACGUACACACAGGAGAGUCUAGAGAAUGUCCAAGCCGUUGCGAUGGCCAUUCAAGAUGAGAAAUUGUCCAACACGAUGGUCAUUGACCGGAUCACGGAAAUUCUGCACGAGACGCUGGAAAAGUUUCCCCAUAUGAUUGCUGGGAUCUGUGAGCUGAUCAGAAGCACCAAGGACCCGACGGAGAGACGCAAGGAGAAGAAGAAAAGGUCGAAAGGUCAGGUCAGGCAGAAAAAGAAGGAGAGUAAGAGUUCUAAAGUAGGCAGUGAGUGCUCUAUCAAGCAGGGUCAAAGUCUGAUGGCUAAUAAAGUGGAGGAAAUAAAUGAGAACAAAGAAGAGGUGGUUGAUGAGAUGUCCACACAGGAAAAUAUCAGUUCUAAUCGGCCACAGCAAGAAAAUAGGAGCGCUAAUCGACCAGAGCAGUCAAAUACGAUUUCUGAUAGGCCAAGUGUGUCUUCAGAAUCUCCAGAGACCUCCAAAAAUUCAUCUCAAGAAGACGACAAAGAAGACGAUAAACAUUUACCGGCGUUAUCGAGCUCGAUGACACAAAUGUUGGAAGACUUGUCAAUAAAGAUCAAGGUCCCCGAGGGCGGGAAAGUCAGUAGCAUGACGUACACACUCGUGAACAUGUUGCUGUUGUCAACAAUCAAGAGGAGCAAAGGGAGACCACUCGGCGUGGACAUUGCAGCAAGCACGGAGGAAAUAGGAUCUGCUACAGCUGCCCUAUCCGACGAGGCGUUCGAACAACUAAGGUCCCUUAAAUUAGAGGGCCCAAUUGUCGAGGAAAGGAUUUCCCUACCCCCUGAGAUUCAGCAUAGUGAGGACAUGCUAAAGUACCUUCUGAACAAGUCAACCACUAUCCGAAAAAACGUUGCAGACUUUAUUGAGUCGGCAUUACCAAGCACUGUUAGACUACCGUCGUUCAACGCUACGGGCGACUCAGACGAGUACCUCGGUGGCAAGCAAGCCGUAGGCCUACCUUGGGCCUCAGCUCGGAAAUCCCAGGUUGAAGAGCUACAGAAAAAAAAGUCAAUCGAUCACCCAUGGAGCUUGAAGUCGAAGCUGCUAGCCAGCUCUCCGUCCCCGGCGAGGAUAGAGUCACCGGUUGACGGCCCAUUUCUAGCAAGUUCCCAGUCCAAAGUUGUGCUCCCGCCAAUUCACCAACCGGAAGAAGCCGCUGUGGACUAUCUUGAAAAGAGGAACAUUUUGUCCAUCUUUGAGGAGUUAAUGAACCGAGUGGUGAUGUGUUUACCUGCUGACCCGCUCACCUUUAUGAUAGAACACCUGAGACGACGGAACUGCCUGCAGAAAACUAAACAAAACGUUUGCUGCAGUGUCAAAGCCCUGAAGCCCAGCUAUAGAGUACCUAGACAGUAUAAGCCCUCCCCAUUCAAAGUUGAAAGCAAGCCCUCUGCUAAAGUUAAAACCCCAUCAAAAACAAAAUCAAAAAAACAAUCAAAAUCAAAAUCUGCUUUAAAUUCUAAAUCAACGUCUUCGAUGAAACAAAGCUUGACAACAGUAUCCGAGAAACUAAAAUCUUCGAGUGUAAUCGACAAAACUGAAACUUUAUCUCAGAGCUUAGUAACCUCCCCUGGCAGUUUACCUUUUGCGGAAACAAAGUCAAUGUCUCAAAGUCAACUCAAGAAGGAGCCAAAAUCUUCGGUAUAUCUGGAGUCCUCAGACACAUCAGUCAAAGAACGGAAACUUGUAUCUUCGACAAGUCUGCCGUUACCAAAACUAAGCCCAAAGUCGAUGUCCUCCAUCAACUUAAAGUUAUCCUCCGCUGAUCAAAGACAAGUGUCUUCAGAGAUGGAUUUUAACACUUUCUCCAAUUCCCACCUGAAAUCCUCCUCUGAUGUAGAUUUGGAAUCUCUUCCUAAAGAAAAAAUAGACGAUAAAAAAUCUUCUUCGGCUGCUUCAAAAUCAAAACAAAAAUCUCUUCUGCUGCAGGAUUUAGAAUCUCCCAUUGUAACACCAGCCAGUAGAAAGUCCUCUCCAGUAGACCCUAAAUCUAGUGAAGGGGCCGUUGAGUAUUCGCUUAAAGUCCCGGAACAGAAUAAGUCGCCGUAAAAUUUCACCUUAUAGGUUUAUAUGGAAUGAAAAAAAAUCUCUGAUAAUCUGCGACAGACUCCCUCGCAACGUUUUUUUUGGGUUACUCAUGUAAAAAAAUGAUAGAGGAAAUUGUAUUUUUACAUGAAUACAAAUAUAAGAUUAUAUACUAAUUGUUUUACAAAAUGAACAAUUUAAAUGUUUUUUAUAUUUAAUGUUGGCUGAAUUGUUUACACUUUAUAAAUAAUGUCAAAUAGUUUUGAGGUGAAUAUACGUUUAAACUUGU